AUGCUCCUAUGGAAGGCAGCGGCCACGAAACUGAGAGGUGUCAAAGGAAUGCGCGGGUUCAGGGACAAGAUCAAAGGCACGAAGACGAAGCUGCUACGGAGGGAUAGCAAGGAUUCGACUGAGGAGGCCUCGGCCGUGCGACCAUCCAAGACGGCUAAGGGAGGACCUGGAACUGGGACGGAGACGGGUAGCGGUGGGAGCGGUGAGGGCAGCUGGGGCAGGAAGUCGAAACGACACAGUCUCAUUGGAAGGGACCCAUCGAGAUCCGACCAGAGCUUAGUGGCUCCCAGCGACAGGACUUUUGAUACUACCACCGACCUCGACACGACCUCUAUCAGUGGGAACGGGAAUGCAAAUCCAACUGCCAGUGCAAAUGGCGAUAUCGUGAUCGAGGGCGGAACAGCGCCUAAGCGUCGAAGUGCCGGCAAGGAGUUCGAUAACCUCGAGGACGGGACUGGUCUUCAGCCACAGCUUCUGAAUACCACUGCAAAGCCACUCGAACUCUCUCCAGCACCACCACUAACCGACACGACCGGCUCCAUCGAAUCUCCAUCGACAGCUGCUCCCGACAAGGGCUCCUUCAAUUGUGAGCUUCCCGUCGUUCUUUCCCAGAAAGACAGCUUGAAGUUGAACAAGAACGGCAUCCUGGUGGGCGUUGAAAGCCGGCCUCCAUCCCAAAUCCCGCUAGCUGAAAAUGAAAACCUCCAACCACAACCACAACCACAACCACCACAAUCCAACGCUGCUGCUACCGCUGCCUCUGCUGCUUCUGUCUCUGCUCUAAUUCAACCAUCCGAAGGGACUCCGUCAAAAGCGUCAACCACUGGACAGUCUUCGACACUUUCCUUACCGUCAGAUAAAACCGUGAUCCUAGAAUCUACUACACCUGCUGUUCCUUCUACUUCUACUCCUUCGACAAAUAUUGCUGCUACGACCACUACUGCUGCUAUUACUACCACAUCUGUUCCUGCUCCCACUACUACUAUCAGUCGUACGCCUUCCAGGAAACUUAGCGACCGGUCGUCUGACUUGAGCAUCAACACAACUAACCUCCCACCACCUUUUACUCGUCCUUACCGUUUAUCUCAGUUCCCUACUGAUUCCUCUGGACUUCGUGCUGACACCGAUUCGAGUGCAUUAAGUCAAUUGCAGCGGUCUAGCAGUCGGGCAUCUCUUGGUAUCCACGAACCGAUCGCACCGGAGACGGUCGAGCCUCCUUUCCGAGACAAACGGGAAUCCUCAUUCUCGCAUGGUCCAGAAACUUUAGUGUAUACCGGCCCGCUUCUUCAUAAUCCUCCAGAGCCCGCGUCAGUGGUCCCUGUUGCUGCAGAGGUAGCACAGACCCUGCACACUGUCUCAGAAACAGGAACAUUCCAGCCUACCGAACUAGCUCGAAAUGAGUCCGUGGUCUCGAGAAACGAAUCUGUGAAAUCCAGAAUUCUUUCAUCUUCAGGAUCGCGACGGAAACAUCCUCUUUCAUUUUCUCGGAGACAGUCGUUGAUACACCCUUCCGACACGGGACUCUUACGGUACCUGCUUGAGCAGGAAUCGGCCUCUCCUACUACGUACGGAAGGGAAGGUGGCUCAAAUAUUCAGUCGGUCGCGGGUCUCAUGCCUCAUAGCGAGAAUCAGCUACGGACCCGUAAGGUAUGGGUCAAACGGCCUGGUGGGUCACCAACCCAGGUCAUCGUUACCGAGGAUGAUUUUGUAGAUACGGUCCGAGAUCUAUGCCUACGGAAAUACACCAAUGCCUUGGGAAGACAUUAUGAUUCUCCAGAUCUAAUGAUCAGGAUAUCACCGCCCCUAAAACCACAAUCAGCCAGGGCGAGGCAGAUGGGUAAUAUGCAGACUCAUACGGACCGACUAUUAAACCCUGACGAGGUCCUUUGUCAGCUUUUAGACGACUAUUAUCCCAACGGACAGACCUCAGAAGACGCCUUGAUCGUGGAAGUACCCCAACAACAGAGGUCACGGACGCCACGGCCGUCACCGGGCCCCCACUCAAUGUCUUACGCGUAUGGGCAGACCGUUCACGAUCUUCAACUCCCCGGAGAAGAUUAUUUCACACCUGUUGGUACUAUCGUUCCUUCGAUACCACACUCUCAGAGCGGAACGGUAAGAUCGACACAUAAUUUACCAGCCAACCCAAGUUCGCUUUCAAAUUAUAUCGCCAACUCACCACCUCCUUCAUCGCCUGGGCAUCGAAGUCUUAAGAGGCCUGGGCCUGUGCGGAUGACGACUGGAUCUCCGGUCGGGAGUACGACUAGUUCGGCUCCAGGGGGUGGAGGUGGUGGGGUAAUGCUGAUUCCUAGAGCGGGAGGCGUCGUACCCGAUAGGAUCAGGGCUACUAAUGUGGAGGCUCCAACGUCGCCGUCCGUCCCGCCUCAGAUGGUGGCCUUACCGUCAUCCCCAGGAAUCAUCAAGCCCAUACCACAGAAACCAGCAAGUCCUGGAGUGUUACCUGCUGUAACUUCGCCGCCCGCGAUCACCAGGCCGCCUCCGAAAUCCAAAGAGAUUACCGCAUCAAUUGGUACUCUUGAUGGACAGGUCCCCUCAAUUAAUGUACUGAUUGUUGAGGAUAACAUUAUCAAUUUAAGGCUUUUAGAAGCUUUCAUGAAGAGGUUAAAAGUUCGGUGGGCUACAGCUAUGAAUGGUCGAGAAGCAGUUACGAAGUGGAGAACCGGCGGAUUUCAGCUUGUUCUAAUGGAUAUCCAGUUGCCAAUCAUGAAUGGGCUAGAUGCAACUAAAGAAAUAAGAAGAUUAGAACGGCUGAAUGGUAUCGGUUCAUUUUCGUCUAGCCCUUCGGGUCCCGAAGAUGAAUUGUCAAGUGCAGACAAACUCGACAAAUCGCUGGUGUUUAAAGGUUCUGUCAUCAUUGUGGCUUUGACGGCGUCAUCCUUACGAAGUGAUAGGGAUGAAGCACUUGCCGUUGGUUGCAAUGAUUUCUUGACCAAGCCCGUGAACUUCACUUUCCUUGAGCGCAAAGUCAUGGAAUGGGGCUGUAUGCAAGCUCUAAUCGACUUUGAAGGCUGGCGAAAAUGGAAAGAUCUUGCUAGUAAACCCGGUGCCUCCGGCGGUAAAACCUCUAAGGGAGGCAGGGGCAAAGCGAGCGCCAGCACAUCAGCGGCAGCAAAGAAGGGAAAAGAAUCCUCAAUUUCCGUACUGGAUAACGCUUCUUCCUCUUCGUCUACCCCACAACCUACACAAUCGGUUCCCAUCGCGGGGCAAUCUUAG